ACGUGUCACAGAUUAUGGAUAGAGAGAUUAGAGAAUCGUGGUUUAAUUUCAUAAUUUUCAAAACAGAAAAUCUUGAAAGAAGAGCCACCUACGUAUAAUGAAGUAAAGAAACAGAGCAUAUCUUUCUCUCUCUAUGUUCACAAUAAACCCAACACUCUCUGUCAAAAAGCUUCACACUCUUCUCCUUCCCCAUCUCUCUCUCCAUAAAAGGAACCUCUUUCUCUCUCACAAAGUUCCAACCUUUAACACCUCAAAGCUUCAAAAACUCUCAACUUUCGACAAGCUCUCUCUUCUCAAAACCAUGCCUUCUGAAUUCAGUGAAUCUCGUCGGAUUCCUAAGCUUCCUCACGGCGGAGCUGUUGUGAUUCCUACGGAUCAACAAGAGCAGCUUCCUUGUCCUCGCUGUGAGUCAACCAACACCAAGUUCUGUUACUACAACAACUACAAUUUCUCACAGCCUCGUCAUUUCUGCAAGUCUUGUCGCCGUUACUGGACUCACGGAGGUACUCUCCGUGACAUUCCUGUCGGUGGUGUUUCCCGAAAAAGCUCUAAACGUUCCCGGACUUGUUCCUCCGCUGCUACCACCACCGUUGUCGGAAGCCGGAACUUUCCCUUACAAGCGACGCCUGUUCUUUUCCCUCAGUCGUCUUCCAACGGCGUUAGCACGACGUUGAAGGGAAACGCUUCGUCGCUCUACGGCGGUUUCACCUCUUUGAUCAACUACAACGCCGCCGUGAGCAGAAAUGGGCCUGGUGGUGGGUUUAAUGGGCCAGAUGGUUUUGGACUUGGGCUUGGCCACGGGUCGUAUUUUGAUGACGUCAGAUAUGGGCAAGGAAUAACGGUCUGGCCGUUUUCAAGUGGCGCUACUGAUGCUGCAACUACUGCAAGCCACGUGGCUCAAAUACCCGCCCCGUGGCAGUUCGAAGGUCAAGAGAGCAAAGUUGGGUUCGUGUCUGGAGACUACUUAGCGUGAGAGAGACUUUCACAGUAGCUUCUCUACCUCAGUCAGAGGGUUUCUCUCUUCUUCUUCUUUUAGCCUCUACCCUAACUUUCAGCUUUAGUUUUAUCUCUUGUAGUGGAUCUGUUUCUUAUUUAGUUAGGUUACUUGUGAACGAAACUACAAAUUAGAGAAACGUUUGUUUGUUUGUUUUUGGCUCUAAUUAAUGUCAAUUCAAUCUUCGGAAAA